AAAAUGGAUGGAGGAAAUCAGUCUGAAGUUUCAGAAUUUUUGCUUCUUGGACUUGGCCACUCAUGGAAUGUGGAGGUCUUACUCUUCAUAAUAUUUUUGAUGCUUUACCUGAUCAUAGUCUCUGGGAAUAUCAUCAUUAUGAUAUUAAUAAUCACUGACCCUCAUCUCCAUUCCCCCAUGUAUUUCUUAUUAGCUAAUCUGUCUUUUCUUGAUAUGUGGCUUUCCUCAAUCACCACUCCUAAGAUGAUCACAGACUGUCUGAGAGAGAACAAGACCAUUUCUUUUGGAGGUUGCAUGUGCCAGAUUCUUUUUGUGCAUAUUUGUGGAGGGGGUGAAAUGGUGCUUCUUGUGGCCAUGGCCUAUGACCGUUAUGUGGCCAUCUGCAAACCACUCUACUACUCCACCAUUAUGAGUCUGCAAAGGUGCAUUGGGAUGGUAUUGACAUCCUGGACUGUUGGCUUUGUGCAUGCCAUGAGCCAAAUGGCUGUGGUUAUACAGCUGCCUUUCUGUUCUUUUAAGGAAAUAGACAGCUUCUUCUGUGACAUACCACUGGUGAUCAAGCUGGCCUGCAUGGAUUCUUCUAACUUGGGAAUAGUAAUGAAUGCUGACAGUGGGGUUGUGGUUGUAACCUGCUUCAUUCUCUUGCUGAUGUCCUACACAUACAUUCUUCUCACUGUUCACCAGAGGUCUAAAACUGGUGCAUCUAAAGCCCUGUCCACCUGCAGUGCCCACAUCACAGUGGUAGUGAUCUUUUUUGUGCCUUGUAUGUUCAUCUAUGUGUGGCCACUCAACAUCACCUGGUUGGACAAAUUUCUUGCUGUAUUUUACUCUGUCUUUACACCACUCCUCAAUCCAGCCAUAUAUACCCUGAGAAACAAAGAAAUGAAAAGUGCUAUGGAGAGACUUAGAAACUACCAUAUGGAUUCCAAAUGA